CACAGAAAAAAGGAAGGAAGAAACAAGCAUUCAAUUCAACUUCUCCUCACUCAAUGAAAGUUUGCCCCAACAACCUCCAUUAAUCUCCCUUCGCACUUCCACACAAUGCUCUUCAUCAGUUACUUAUAUUUAUUCACCACCACCACUCUCCCAACUUCCUCAGCACAGCAACUCCUUCCCAAAAUCAAGCCUUGAGAGAUAUCAAUUCAAAGCUGUCCGCCAUGGGAAAACGACUCCCCGUUUCGAUCCUUUUCCUAGCCCUAGCUCCGUUGCUCAUCAUUGCCGUGCAUGCCAAAGUUCCGGCGGUGAUCGUGUUCGGAGACUCGUCGGUAGACGCCGGGAACAACAACUUCAUCCCCACCGUCGCCCGGAGCAACUUCCAGCCGUACGGCCGCGACUUCUCCGGCGGGAAGGCCACGGGGAGGUUCUCCAACGGGAGGAUCGCUACGGACUUUAUCUCGGAGGCCUUUGGGCUUAGGCCCACUAUCCCGGCCUACUUGGACCCGGCCUAUAAUAUCUCCGAUUUCGCGGUGGGUGUCACUUUUGCUUCCGCCGGCACUGGCUACGACAACGCUACCUCCGACGUCCUCUCCGUGAUCCCGCUAUGGAAAGAGCUGGACUACUACAAGGAGUACCAAACCAAGCUCCGAUCCUUCCUCGGCCGACCCCAAGCCGACCAACUCCUCAGCGAGGCACUCUACAUGACCAGCAUGGGCACCAACGACUUCCUCGAGAACUACUACGCCAACAACAUGCCCGGCGGCAGGGCCUCCCAGUUCCCCGACGUCGGCGCGUACCAGAACUUCCUCGCCGGCAUCGCCGAGGGCUUCCUCAGGCAGCUGUACGGCCUCGGCGCACGGAAGAUCUCCCUCGGCGGGCUGCCUCCGAUGGGGUGCAUGCCACUGGAGAGGACCACAAACAUGAUGGGACAGCGCGCCUGCGUCGACAGCUACAACGUCGUGGCCGCGGAUUUUAACGGCAAGAUGAACAACUUGACGGAGAAGCUGAAUGCGGAGCUCCACGGGGCGCAGAUCGUCUUCUCCAAUCCCUAUUUCGCCUUGAUGGGGAUCAUCCGACACCCCUCCUUGUAUGGGAUGUCUGUGACGUCGACGGCGUGUUGCGCGACGGGGAUGUUCGAAAUGGGGUAUGCGUGUGCUCGUCGGAGUAUGUUCACUUGCAGCAACGCAGACGAGUUUGUGUUCUGGGACGCUUUCCAUCCCACGGAGAAGACCAACGAGAUCAUUGCCAAGUAUGUCGUGCAAAAUGUCCUCCAGAAGUUCAUGUGACCAUAGAAUCAUAUAUGUGUAAAGAAAAAGAUAUAUAUAUAUAUAUACCUUGCUAGGGAUGGAUUGAUGGUACUGUUAUGGGGUGUAUUAUAUAGAUGCUGCUUUAUUAUAUAUUGUGUUGAUUUUCAAGUCUUGUUGAACUUGUUUACGAGCAUAUAUAUAUGGGUUGUACUUGUAAAAUGAAGUGGCGCGCGAGUAUUACAUGCUUAUCACUGUGAAUGCUUGGCUGUUUAAUAUAAAAAAAACGAUGAG